AUGGCUCCUCCUUCCAACACCGAGGAUCAGUUCAAGUUUCUGAUCGCGUGCAUCAAACACUCCACGGCUGGCAAAAUUGACUUCACUCAGGUCGCCACCGAGUGCGACAUCAUCAGCAAGGGUGCCGCUGCUAAGCGGUACGAGCGUCUCAUGAAGGCUCACGGUAUCACUGGCAACGGUCUCGGUGGUGGUCGUGCUGGCUCGCCCGCCGCCUCGGGCCCCAGCACUCCAGUGACCCCUGGUGGUCGCAAGGCAGCUACCAACCCCCGAACCCCAGCCAGCAAGAAGCGCAAGCUGGCCGCUCGAGGUGCCGACAUCGACGAGGACGUCAAGACCGAGGUCAAAGCCGAAGUCAAGCACGAGGUCAAGCACGAGAUCGGUGACGCCAUCGAUGCCAAUGCUUUUCGACGUCUGAGCAGGUCGCCAGCCACUGGCUGCAUCACCAAAACCCAGCCUUCUCUUAGGCAGGGGAGGAUCCCUGUCCUUGGCGCGGGUGCAGCCGCCGAGCCUCAGCUCUCACUGCGGAACAACCCGUGUCAAUAUGGCGUCCAGGUUCGACGUAACGCACUGUAA